AUGAGUAUUGCGAUCUUACCGCUAUUGGCCCUCACAAUAUCAGUCGUUCUAGCCAUGAGGAUAUAUGGCUUCCAGUGGCACGUAUGGGACCAAACGAAGAAGACAUUGGUCACUGUUCGAGAAGUCAAAAUGGCAAUUGAGAUCAGCUACAUGAUCUGUACGACUUUAAUAAAGGUCUCGAUUCUGUUCUUCUACCGGCGAAUAACUGCUUCGCUUACCAUCACUUUUGUUUAUUGGGUCUGGGGAUCCAUUGUGUUUUGCCUUCUAUACGGUAUCACCUUCAUAUUCCUCAUCGCUUUCACUUGCAACCCGACGGAGGGCUUUUUUUACCUUUUCGACAGCGCUUGGAGGUCCCAGCAUGAAGUAACUUGUCGCGACGAAGGUGUCAUCAUUGUGGCCGUUGCUGCUAUUAGUACCUUUCAGGACUUCGUCAUCGCUCUGCUUCCUGUUUUCCUCAUUUGGAAACUGCAGAUUCCCAGAACUCAGAAGCUAGCUUUAUGCGGUUUAUUCGGUCUGGGUCUCGUCACUUGUGUUUGUGGUAUCAUGCGCACGUAUUACGCAGCAUACGUGUACUACUACACUUACGAUACCACCUGGUACGCUUAUUAUGGCUAUAUCUGGACAGCUCUUGAAGCCGAUUUAGCAGUGAUAUGUGCAUCUGCGCCUGCACUUAAAAUAUUCUUCCGUCGGUAUUUCACCUCGACGACCAGCUACACAAAGUCGGGAAUCAGCAAAGGUCACAUUCCGAUGCCGACGGCAACGACAGUAAAAUCGACACGUAGCAAGGAGUCGCCAUUUUCCGCAUCUCGAAUCGCAGCCAAUAUAACCUACGAUGAAGAAGUGCCGAUGCACUGUAUCAAAGUCAGUCAGGGGCUGGACGUUUGCAUUGAUGAGAGGGACGACGUUUCGCAAAAGAGCUUUGCAAGCACGAAGAACUUCACUUCAUCGUCCCUGCCGGAAGAGAGUGCAUGGCAUGGGUCAAGCCAGUGGGCCCAAGGCUGUCACACUGUUUGUACAGCUCUGCAGCCGUCGACUCGGGGAGGCUCUCAGACAGGAACUCGGGAGCGAGAUAUUGAGAUUGGAGCAGCAAUAUAA